UAGCGAGUGCGUAGUGCUGCAGCUGCGGGGCAGUGAUGCAUCGCCAUUCACACUAACGCAUGCGAAGCUUAUCGAUAAGACGAGUAUUCCGAUAGUCUCACGCGAUUUCAUGGAAGUGGAGGAGACACGGCGCAGGGUUCGGAAUUGGAGCCCGUUGAUCGUGGGUGCGUUAUAAUGUGAGGUUUCCUUGAGUGGGGGACGACCAAGUAUCUCCUCGCUUUUCUUCGGUCCACUGUUACUGUCUUGGGUUCUGGUCGUCAUAUUUCGUCACAAUGGGUAUCUCAAAGAACGAGCACAUUGCUAUUAUCGGUGGUGGAGCGUUUGGGUUGUCGACUGCUUUCGAGCUGUCGCAGCAGGGCUACACAGAUAUCACAGUCUUCGAGAAGGACACAGAGAUCCCCUCAAGAUGGUCUGCCGCAAACGAUCUGAACAAGAUCAUGCGUGCUGAGUACGAGGACCCUUGGUACACAGAACUUGGUGUUGAAGCUGCAAAGAAAUGGCAAACUCCUCUCUACGCGCCUUACUUCCACCGAGUCGGCUACCUCAAUUGCGUCUCUGGCGCCGGCACACAAAAAGCUAUCAACUCCAUGAACUCCUUUAAGGCCGCCGGUGAGGCCCACCCAGAGAUCAAGCCUUGGGUUUAUACCGUAUCAACCCGCCAGGAGCUUCAAGACAUCUGCUGGCAGUUCAACCAGGGUGAGAUGCCCGGGUGGAAGGGCUACUUCAACCGCUACGAUGGCUAUGUCCACUCUGCCAACGCUCUCCGUGGAAUUUACCGCGCCGCAAGAUCGAAUGGUGUUCGUUUCUUCCUUGGUGAAAGGAGGGGUGCCAUUCAGGAGAUCGUCUACAAGGGUACCGGGUCGAGUAAGAAGAGUGUUGGUGUCAAGACAAAGGAUGGACAGUUUCACGCUGCUUCGCUAGUCAUCGUAGCUACCGGUGCGGCUGCAUCGAAGAUCGUGCCCGAGGUUGGCGCUCGCGUCUCUGCGAAGUCAUGGUCCGUCGCACACGUCCGACUUACAGAUGAGGAGACUGCAGCGCUUCGCGGCAUCCCCGUCACAUAUGCCCGUGACCUCGGAUUCUUCUUCGAGCCCGACCCGAAGACCAACCUUCUCAAACUGUGCCCCAUGGGUGGUGGUUUCAUCAACACCAACCCCGCAACCGGUGUAUCCGAGGCUCCCGAAGGCGUCCAGCGCUUUGUACCUCCCGAGGAUGAGCGGAAGAUGCGCGAGCUCCUCCGUCAGACCCUGCCCUACCUCGCCGAUCGUCCCCUCGUCGAGAAGACAUUAUGUUGGUUCGCCGACACCAGCGACUCUGACUUCAUCAUCGAUUACCUGCCAGAGACUGGCAGCACGGUCAUGGUUCUGUCUGGUGACUCUGGUCACGGCUUCAAGAUGUUCCCCAUUGUUGGUUCGUGGGUGAACAACCUGCUCAACGCUCCUGAGGGCAAGCAGAUAGAGAAGAGGUGGCAGUGGAGGACAAACAAGCCCAACGAUGGUUCUGCCAGUCAAGACGACGUCAGCUGGCGUGUUGGUGAUGUCCAGGAGCUGAGGGACAUCACACCGUCUGUUGCGAAGUUGUAGAUUGUUUGACAUAGACAGCGUAUAGAUCCGUGUAAAGCAUUUCUUAUCUGUUGAAGUCUCG